AUGGGGGGUCAGCUGAGGCUGCCGCCCGGAGAGCCCUGCCAAGAAGGUUACGUGCUGUCUCUGGUCUGUCCCAACUCUUCCCAGGCUUUCUGUGAGAUCACAAAUGUGUCACAGCUGCUGCCUUAUCCUGUUCUCUACACGGACCUGAACUCCACUCUAACCAAUGUCAGCAUUUCAGCAAACGUAGAAAACAAAUACAGUCUGUAUGCCGGCUUGGCACUGGCCAUCAGCUCCAGCAUUUUUAUCGGCUCAAGUUUCAUACUCAAGAAGAAGGGUCUCUUGCAACUGGCCAACAAGGGCAUUACUAGAGCAGGGCAAGGUGGACAUUCUUACCUCAAGGAAUGGGUGUGGUGGGCAGGACUGCUGUCCAUGGGAGCUGGAGAGGCAGCGAACUUUGCGGCUUAUGCCUUUGCACCUGCCACCUUGAUCACACCCUUGGGGGCUCUGAGUGUUCUCGUGAGCGCAAUAUUGUCUUCCUAUUUUUUAAAUGAGCACUUGAAUAUUCAUGGAAAAAUAGGCUGCAUAUUGAGCAUAUUGGGGUCAACUGUGAUGGUUAUCCAUGCCCCCCAAGAGGAAGAAGUCACUUCUUUGCAUGAGAUGGAAAUAAAACUGAAGGAUCCAGGGUUCGUGUCCUUUGCUCUGAUCGUCUCUGUGAUCUCCUUGGUGCUGAUUGUGCUUGUGGCACCAAAGAAAGGACAGACAAAUAUCUUGGUCUACAUUGCAAUCUGCUCUUUGAUCGGAGCCUUUUCAGUUUCUUCUGCCAAGGGCUUGGGCAUCGCCGCCAAGGAGCUUUUAGAGUGGAAGCCCGUUUACAAGAAUCCCCUAGUCUUCGUCCUGUUGGCUGUGCUUAUCCUCUCAGUGAUGACACAGAUCAACUAUCUCAACAAAGCCCUGGACACUUUUAACACGUCUCUGGUGACUCCCAUUUAUUACGUGUUCUUCACAUCCAUGGUGGUGACGUGUUCUGCCAUCUUGUUCCAGGAGUGGUAUGGCAUGAAAGCCAGAGAUGUCAUUGGCACCCUGAGUGGAUUCUUCACCAUCAUCAAUGGCAUCUUCCUUCUACAUGCUUUUAAAAACACAGACAUCACCUGGAGUGAGCUCACAUCCACUGCUAAGAUGGAAGUCCUUUCUCCAGAUGGCCGUCAGAACAGUUAUGUUUUAUUAGAGAAUGCAGACUGUGCAGCCUCGGGUUAUGAUGAUGACGUCACCCUGUUUAGCAGGACUGAUGACCGAAAUCUCCAUAAACUUUGA